AUGACCAACCAAAAAUCGACAAUAACUGUUGCAAGUGGGCCAGCAGCAGUAAUCACCACCACCAAUAGUGCUGCUGUGCUGCCCCGAUCUGUUCAUCGGGCUCUUCAAAAUUUUCUACUGAUCUGGCUUGAUGCCGAUUUCGAUGAAUCCAAAGAGAAUUAUAAAACAUCAAUACAACAUCUACGACAUAUUGUAGCAACAAUCACAACAUUUACAGAUGUUGAUCAAUGUGUUGAUUUUAUCAGUGACAUUGAAGAUGAAAAAAUAUUCGUGAUUGUGUCUGAUGCACUGGGACAACAUAUCAUACCAGAAAUUCAAAUAUUGCCACAAUUACACUCAAUUUAUGUUUUCUGUGACAAUCAAUCGCUUCAUCAGCAAUGGGCCAAAACAAUACCUAAAGUGAAAGGUGUAUACACACAAAUUGAACCAAUUUGUGAAACAUUAAAAAUCGAUCGUGAACAUUGCGAUCAAGGUAUGAUCCCGAUCAGCUAUCAUGGAAUUGAUGCGUUAUUUAUGUAUACGUAA